AUGCGGUGUACUGACACUCCAAUUAGCUUGACAUUUACUUCCGGCCCGGUCAAUGGCAAGAAGAUGAUCGUACAAGUCACCACUACUGGCAACGACCUCGGAGGCGACCAGUUUAAUCUUGCCAUUCCUGGCGGUGGCGAGGGCUCGACUCAAGGCUGCACGAAAGAAUACGGGGUCGAUGUUUGGGGCGCCGACUAUGGCGGCGUCGCCCAUCGUGACGACUGUGAUGCUCUACCAGCACCUCUCCAGGCCGGCUGUUACUGGCGCUUCGACUGGUUCCGCAACGCUGACAACCCCACUGUGAGCUGGGAAAAAGUCACCUGUCCCGAGCAGUUGUCGUCGGCCAAAUCCGCAGACAAGCUCGAGGCAGGGCACGAGUACGAAGCCGUCGGGGCCGGUGCCGACCGUGGUACAGUUGUAUGA